GCUUUAGAAUAAAAUUUUUUGUUGCCUUUUGCGGCUGAUUUGUCACUGCCCGUUCAUCUCGGUAAAAAAACCCUCCAUAUAUGAUAUAAAUCCUAAGUCUUAAGAAGCCAUGAGUGCCAGCGAGGAGUUCCAAAGUUGGCUAAAUGAGCAGCUACGUAAACUGAAUACGGACGAGAGUAUUUUUGGAUCCUAUAUUAUUGGCAUUUUAGAGGGCGAUGAGGAAACGACGGACGAAAAAACCGAGGCUCUCGAGGGAAUCCUCAGCGAAACAGGGGCUCCCAAUAUUGACGAACUGGUGGCUACCAUACUCCAGAAAUGGUUUCAAUGUCACCCCAGCGCCGACGAUCCGCCCAAGAAAGGUCUGGAUAUCGAUGUGAAUGCCCAACUGGCCAAGUUGCUGGAGCAACAGAAGCUGCAACCCGCCGUCAACAAGGAGCGUGAAUACACGGAGGAGGAGCGCCGCAUCAAGCAGCAGAUUCUAGCCCAGUACUCCCAGACUGCUGUUGUGAACCAGGACGAGGACGAUUCGGAGCCGGAAAGCGAUGAUGAAAGUGGAGUUCUAGCCAAGAAUACCAACAAAUCCGAUGUCCAGGCGCUUGCCAAGGAAAAGCGGGAGCAGGCUCGACUGGACAGCGCGGCCAAGAAGCAAAAAGAUAAGGAGGAUCGCGAAAAGCAGAAGCAAUUGCGUGAGGAAAAGAAGGAAAAGCGCAAAACCGUCAAAGGCGAACGGCGGCGGUAACCGUCCUCGAAUGUGCAAAUCUUAAGUCCCUUCCUAUACAAACCGAUUUAUACAACUUUGUAAAGUCGCUUAUACGCAAAAGCUGUAAGAAAGUGUUUGCAUAUAUCGAUAUUUGCAGCAAAGACAAAUGAAAUACAGUAACUGUCAACAAUGCAUAUAGGCUUAUAGGCGAAAUAAGCAUAUAAUGCAUAUAAGCGAAUAUAAUGCAUAUAAUGAAUGUAUUACAAUUAAAACACCAACCUUUUUAAAUUGA